AUGAUAAUCAUCAUCGGAUUAAGUUUGGCGCCGGUGGCGAUUAACCACAUCUUUUUGUUAGAUUCGCAGCAGGGUGGCAUUUUUGAAAAAGGCAACUGGAACAUAGACUGGUGGGGUGUCGGCGUUGCCCUAAUCACGAUCGCCAGCGCCAUGCUAAUCGUUUUGCUUUGCCGUGGCAAAAUGAAACUCGUGCCGAUCGCCAGCGCCAUGCUAAUCGGCUUGGUUGUUUCGCUAAUUGUUUCGACGUGGCACGCGACGCCCGAGUUUACUAAGUACCAGCAAGUGGAUUGGACUAGCGCGAGCAAUUACGUUGGGCUGCCCGAUUUUUCUAACGCGCUCUUGAACGGCCAGGUUGUGGGAGAAAAGCAAAGCUAUUCGCCGAUGCCGCUUUUAAUUAUGAUGCCGAUGGCUCUGGCGACGAUCGCUGAACACAUCGGCGACCACACUGUUUUGGGCAAAAUUACCGGGCGCGACUACUUAAGCACUUCGCCCGGACUGCACAAAACUUUGUUGGGAGAUGGCUUAGCCACCAUGGUUGGCGGCUUAGCCGGCGGUCCGGCUAACACUUCCUACGGAGAAAACACGACCGUGGUUGGUCUUUCGCGGGUGGCUUCGGUUUACGUGACUGCCUUGGCAGCGUUAAUGGCGAUCGCGAUGUCGUUUGUUUCGGUAAUUUCAACCGUUUUACACCUCAUUCCGACCCAUGUCUUAGGCGGUCUCGAGUUAAUUCUUUUCGGUUUUAUCGGCACCAACGGUUUAAAAGUUAUGUUAGACGAGAAAGUUGAUCUUCACCAAGCUCGCAACAUUUUUAUCGUUUCAAUUAUGUUAGUAGUCGGGCUUGGUCGGGCAAUUUUGGGUUGGAAUUUACACCAGGUUGCCAUCGUGUUUUCGCCCACAUCAAUCGCGAUUUUUGCCGGUAUAACAGCCAAUUUUCUGCUCCCUAAGGAGCGUAAAAUUGACGUUGAUAAGGUCAGUUUUAUAGCCAGCGCUAAGCGCAGGACGGAUCCGCCUCUUAAUCAAAAGUAA